GCACUUCCUCUUCCUUUCUGACUCUUCAAAGAAGAAGUUACAGGAAGAAAUUGAUGAAUUUUCUGAUUCUUACUACUGGGAGGUAGAUCUUGCAGAUAUCAAACAGCUUCUAGACAGCAUAAAUACUUCAGAAGAUGCCAACAGAAUUGAAUAUUUUAAGAGAAAGUACUGUCCAAAGGAUAAAUGGUCUCGCUUUCAUGGCUGCUCUAUGUACUUCUACCUUUCAACACUGUCUCUGUAAGAACACCUGAUUGGGAAUCCAUUAUGGGACUUAAACUGAGGAGAUGGAAGCUUGAAGUUCUUAUGGGUGGUGGCCAAGUCAGCAAUAAUCUUGCUAAUGCUACCCAUAUGGUGGUCCUGACUGUUCCAGGAUCCAAAGUGGAUUUUGAUACUCUUAUAAAGAGUUUUACAGGUGUGGAGAAAUAUCUACUCAAGAACAAGAGGUUGCAUGUGAUCGGAUAUCAAUGGUUGGAGAACUCCUUGGAGACUCAGAAAAAAUUGCUAGAGGACGCAUAUAGCUUGAAGCCCUGUGGAUUGCAAGAGUUGUAUAUUGAAGAGUGCCAAUUUGAUCCAGAUGUGGAAGAAGGCUCUUGGAAUUUUGAUGGCAUAGGAAACCAGAAACUUCCAUCGAUUCCAGACAGCAAAACAAAAGGAGACGGCAAAACUUCUUUUAGAUGUCCUAGGAUAUCAGUCUCAUCCAAGGGGGAUGCCAAAAGGAAAAGAGGGAGACCUGUUGGCAAGAGUGUGAAGAGAGGAACAGGCGUUAGCCAAGCUCGAAGAACACGACCUCGCAUCGGAAAGCCUGCUAAACUAUGUGAAAUUGGAUUGGAUGAAGGUGGUUCAUUUGAUGAUGAUACAAAUGAAGAAGGGAACAAAAUGAGUGGGAAAACCCAUGAAAUCCAUGCUGAAGUUAGCGAGGAAAUUCCAGGAAUGAAACAAGCUGGAAAAGCAGAUUCAAAAUCAUCACACAUGCAUGAGAUAGCUGAAAAAGAGGUUGUUGAAGAUGAUAGACAGGAAGAAUGGAUUGCUAAACCUUCUGAUGUUAAAAUUGAUGAAAGGCAAGCUUCUGAUGUUAAAAUUGAUGAAAGGCAUGAUGGAAGAGACAAACGGCCUAAUGAAGCUCCUGAUAUCCUAACCGGUGGAAGGCAUUAUGAACAGGAGAAAGAAAACACAGAGAAACUAGAAGUUAUGGUUGAUCCUGUUCAUGCCAUGUUAAUUGACAUGAUUCCUAGCCUUGGAAUGAAGAGUGCGGAAACUACGAACCCGAUUCUGGAUCGUGAAAAGCCCCCUGUCGAUCCUACUGCACAGCCUGCAAAGAAAAAGAAAGUCAGCUACAAGGAUAUUAUUGGUGAAAUGUUCAAGGAUUGAUAUGAAUGCUGUAAUUUAUCUGGAGUAUUUUGUUUUGUUGCCAAUUUUGCAUGUAAUUGUAAUUUAGGUUUAAAAGAAGGCAAAUCUAGCUGUUGUAUUUUAUGGAUAAGAUGUGUUUUCCUCA